GGAGAGCCCCAAAUAAAAGAUUUGAGUCUAAUUUGACGUUUCAUAUCAGUGAAAGUCGUUGUUUAUUAUUGUUCGAGAUUUGUAAAUAAAUUCUUUGGUUAAGUGUAAUUUGUCGAUUAGGCAGAGUGCAGAAAAGGUGUCCAUUUGAGCGAAAAAUGUCUUACGCCGUGGAGCGAGGUAGUCCACGGCAGUCCCAACUAUACCUGGACGGUGUGCUGGACUCAAUAAUUCAAAAUGGCGGCACAAGGGCCAAGAGCAGGGAGGGGGUCAAUCUGGCUGAGGUCCUGUUUUACUGCAUGAAAAACAGUCCGGAUGAAAUACAUACAAUCAAUGGGGCAACCGGUGAAAAAUUCACCAACUUGCAAAUCCUUAAGCGCGCCGUCUCUAUCGCUCGCGCCUUGAAAAGCGAUCGUGUGACAGAGAAGGUGAUCAUAAUGUUACGGAACACUGAGCAAAUGUCUGCGCUGUUCUACGCUGUGCUGUUUGCUGGCGUGGUCCCUUUCAUGAUGGAGCCGCGAUCUACUGAAUAUGAAAUCCAGCAGUUCCUCCCCCUAGUAUGCCCCCACAUCAUCUUCUGCGAGCCUGAUCGAGUCGAUAUCGCCACAAAAGCGGUGGAAGGAGCUGACAUCAGAGUCGUGGUCGCCGACGGUUCAUCGUUAGACAAAUUAACGCUGGGGUGUAGUGACGAUGUUGACAGUUUUCAGCUACCAGAAGUGCGACCGGAUGCCACGGCCUUAAUUCAGCCCACCAGCGGCUCCACGGGUGUACCGAAAGCUGCCAUGCUCACUCAUGAAGGCAUGAUCAUGCAGAUGCCGAGCAGUUGGUUCUAUCACACCCAGUUCCCUCGCCCGACUGGUAUGGGGCUCCUGGUGUCUACAUGCCAGUGGCUGACCCACACCAUCAUCAUGACCGGCUUCCCCGUCUACCAGGUCCCGAUCCUGAUGACUCCGUUGAAGAUCUCAGCAGAGUAUAUCGCAGAAUUGGCGGGCAAAUAUCGAGCGACAUGGGCCAUAAUCGGACCAUCACUAGCCACUCCACUAGGACACUUAGCCACACAAGACCAGCUGUCGUCAUUCGACAGGUUGUACGUCGGAGGCUCGUCAUUUUCACCUGAUAUGCUUGCUCCCUUACAGGAUAAGCUGCCAGCGCCAGGUUGUCUGCUAAACGGGUACGGUAUGACGGAGGCCCACGGAUUCGUGGCAGGAGGUCCACUCGGCACCCCACUCCACUCCGUAGGGCAAAUCAGCAACAUCCUCGAUUACAGGUUAAUCAACGAAAAAGGUGAAAUAGUCAAAGCCCCUUAUGAAAAAGGAGAAUUGUAUCUAAAGGGCAGAUGUCUCCUGAAGGGUUACCUAAACAAUGAGGCAGCCUACCGCGAGAGCGUCACUCCAGACGGAUGGCUGAAGACUGGAGACGUUUUCUACAGGGAUGAGGAGGAAAAGCUUUUUUUCGUCAACAGAACUAAGCUGAGCUUCAAAUAUUUGAACCACCAUGUUUAUCCAGAAGAAAUCGAGAGUGUCAUAGGCACUAUACCAGGAGUCCAGCAAUGUGUGGUGGUUGGCGCAGACGCUGGGCCUGCCGCUGCUGUGGUUCUACAAGAAGGGUGCGGUGUUACAAGAGAGGAUGUACAGCAAGUAGUCAAAUGUGAGUGACACUGAUUUAUAGUCAUUG